UUUCUGCAUGUCUCGACGCCAAGGUCCCACUCGCUCCCUCGUUUUCGCGCCUGGAGUCCGCGCUGCAUGCCGCAACACCUCCGUAGAUUUGCAAGAGAGAAGCCGCAUGCCGCGAGACAGCACACGGGGCGCACCUCGCGCAGCCCAUCAAUCGGUGCGCGCCGUGUCUGGCAGCACGACCGGACGUGCCGGGAAGGAGAACCAGGAACUUCAAAUCGAUAAACCGGGUCGGGAGAUGCGCCGAACAUGGCCAAAUCGGCACGGAGUCGGAGCCGCAUCGGAUCGGCUGAUGCCAGAUGCGAAACAGCGCCAUGCCAACAUCAGGCCGCAACGGAUCGUCGGAAUGUGGGAAUCGAAUGGGGCUGGGUCGGCAGCAGUCGAUGCCGAUAUCGAAUCGGAUCGAUCCGAUCGGAAUGGAUCCUGGCGGGAGAGGAAAAGGAGUAUUAGGCUUAGAGGCCUUGAUGCAGAGUCACCAAGACGUCAUCGCUCGGCGGCGCGCCCGAGGGCGGCAAAUGGGGGCGGGCCUUCCAAGAAGGCUCAGACGGCCUCGGCAUUCGAAGAAGGUUUCGAAGCCUCCUCCGAAGACAGAGAUUAGACGACUUCCCAGAAGGCUGGGGGGCUUCAGAGGAGGCCCGCCGCCUUCGGAGAAGCCAUGCACUGUCUCGCUUCCCCCCUGGGCGCGCCGCCGACUCUCACAGGAGUGUCGCCAAACUCUUUGGCACCAACCGGCGUAACGCCCCCAGCCGGCAAAAGCGGAGAGCGCCGUUCGCGGCGGCACGGUGCUUCUGGCUUCUAUUGUUGCCCCCGGCGGUGUGUCGCGGGGGGGAGGAGGAGCAGGAAGAGGAGGAGGAGGAGGAGGAGGAGGAAGAGGAGAAGGAGGAGGAGGAAGCCGCGGCCGCAGCGCGAGACGCUGAUGGGCUUGAGGCCGCGGCCUGCGGCGCAGCGUCACGGUGAUGCCGUCGGCCGCCUCCGCCCGCUAAGACUUGGCUGUAUUAUUCUGCGUCCUGAUCAUUUUUAUAAGGUGGAGGGCUCAGGGUGAAAUCCAUUUGGCAUUGCAAAAAGGGCC